AUGGAGACUCCCAAGGGUGUCUCCUUCUUAGUAGCUGUGGGCUUUUGUGUUCUUUCCCUUGCACAUGUUGGGGGAGCGGACCCUCUUACGGAGGGUCUUCCCGUACCCAGGGAUAUUGCUGUCUCGUACUCAGUGUCUCCCUCGGACGAACUCUCUGCUGCAAGCUCCUCACGUGUGACUCCUGAUGAAUUAGCAGCAGGAGGAGGGGAAGCAGGAGCACCAACAGGAGCAGCAGCAGGAGAAGCAGAAGGAGUAGCAGCAGCUGCCGAUGAGGCCCUGGAGAUUCCGCAGCUCCCCGUGGGUCCCUCGGAUGAUGGGUUAUUGAAUAAGGAAGGCAAGAUCAUCGAGGAAGAGACACUUCCCCCUAUCCUUAAGUCUAUCUCCUCUGCCUCUACUAACAGGGGAGAUAUCGAGUGGGUACAACUGGUCACAGAGAGACAACGUCUAACUCUUACAGCAAAGAUUAUAGGGAAAACAAACCCACGACCCCCUAUCCGUUUCAUGCACGACACUUUGAACCUCCCUAGGUCUUAUAGCAGCGACACCAACGAUGAAGGCAGCAGCACCAGCGGCAGCGGGAGCAGUGACAGAAACAGCAGUGAGAGGAGUAGCAAUGGCAACAACAGCAGUGGCAGGAGCAGCAGUGGUAGCAGCAGCAACAGCAGUAGCAAAUCAUCAGACAAGCCAGCAGCCCCUGAAGCAACAGCGGAUACUGCUGCCGCGGAGACACCUGAAGGAGCCGAAGUCCCCUUAUUCUCCUAUAUAAAGACACAGCGGCAGGGAACUACGAGGAGACGCUUGGAGGCCCCUAGCCAAGUACAACUUGUUGUUGAAGUUGAGGAGAUGCAGCAGCAGUCUCCUGUCCUCUAUGCCUUUCGAUGGGGCAAGCCAGGUAUGGAGGGAAGGCCGUUUGUAACGCAUAUCUUGAGGGAAAGUUCUAAGGAGCAGCUCUUUGUAGUCAGAGCGAAGGAGGCAGCUCAGCCUCUUAUCUCUUCUGUUGCAACAUGGGCGGACUACGACUAUCUCCUGGAGGCCUACGAAGCUGGGGUGUAUGUGCUGCACCUGCAGGAGCCGCUGCAUUUCCCUGCACAUGUGUCUCCUCGUUUGCAUGCACAAGCCAGCAGUAGCACAGUGUCUCCUUUGCUCCCUCGCAUCCGCAAGAGGGCCCCAGAUGAAGAUUUCUCCGCUUCACGUACACCUGGCUUCAGACGAGUCGAUGGCGGCCAGGGAUGCAUGGCCCCGGGGGGCCCCUGGAGACAGGAAGACAACAUGGCACUUGGGGGAGACCCUUUAACCCGUUCUUCUUCUGUCCCCCUUUACUACACCAUCCAAUUUGCACCGGAUAGAGGGGCGAUCACAGCAGAGCCCGUCAAAGCAAAUAGUUAUGUGCAACACAUAAUUUGCCUUGUCUUCGGAGGGCCUCCUCUGCUGCAGCUCUUCCCUCAAGCCAGCAACAGGUUACUUCAGAUGCCGCUGCACCAAGAACCGUUGCUGCUGCCACAGGGAGACAAUGCAGCACAUUCCCACACCACAGGCAUUAAGGAAGGCGUCUCCAAGGGAGACGCAGAGGACGGGAUACCCGAAGAAAUACAAGCAGAGGAGACAGUUGAGGAGGCCCUUGAGGUCAGCAGACAACGGCGAUCGGGACUUGCAUGCACACGGGUAUCUGAGCUUCCUUGGGUGCAAGGAGAGGCCCACUCUUACGCUGGCUCCUCCAGCGCUAAGGGCAAGGGACAAGGACUCCCUUUGGCUUCCCCUGAGGGGCUUCUGUUACACUCGAAGCAGCACGAUAAGCUAAACGCAGGCGGUACGGCAGAGCUGCGGAGGCGACAGGUGUCUCCUGUGUCUGCACGGGAGGACUGCAGUCUCCCAUACUCGGACUUUGUAUUUUACACCGAUCCCCUGCUCUUCAGCAGCAAGCCCUUCCACGUCCCACAAACGCCGGAGACGUACACCAGGGCCCUGUUUCCAACUUGGAGAAGAGCCAACGCUGAGGCGCCCUUAAAGGCUCCCCACCAGACUGAUGAAGACCCUCUUGAGGAGACACCACCUGCGAGCCCGAGCGGCAGCAGCGUGUACUGCAACAACAGGGACACUAGUAGAGGUAGCUGCACCAGCGGGAGAGGUGCUUUGUCUCUCGUUGAAGGAGACAAUUCCGCCCGACAGCUGCGGCUCGCCCCAUCUGUCACAUUUGGCUGGCGGCAGCUUGUGCUUCACAGCGGUUCAGAGAGACCCCCGAAAGGAGACAGUCCCCCGUCCCUUCCUAACGAAGCCACCCUGAUGGAUUUGCUAGAGACAGGUCAAAGCCCGUGCGCGCUGCUACAGUUCAGAGGAAUGGAAGGCUCAGAAGAUCCCCAUGCCGGGCCUCCCCCUGCUGCAAGCGUCUCUUCCGUGAGCUCCUGCUCCGCAUUUCAAGGGGCCGCCCGUGAGGGUGUACUGACAGCUGAGGAGCUAGCCAGCCCGGCAGGAGUCUCGUGGGUGCUCCCAAGGACGUUGCUGCCCCUUGAAAUGCAAAGGGCGUCAGGCGCUGUGGUGUAUAGACUCCGUCUCCUACAGACGGUGCCCAGGGUCUUUUCGUCCCCUCCCCAGCAGCCCGCCCUACACGAUCGAGACCUACAGCACCACCUCAAAUUACCUAAUUGCUGCCACGAAGGCAACCAGAUGCAGCAGCAACAACGGGGGCAGGAGGAGCGGCAGGAAGGGCACCAACAGCAUCAUGAGCAGAAGAGGCAGGAAGAGAAGCAGCAGCUGGAGAAGCAGAAGGAAGAGCAGCAGCAGCAGAAAGGGCGACGGCUGGAAGAGCUGCAGCAGCAGACCCAGCAGCAGACCCAGCAGGGAACGUUGUGGGUUCUGGAGCAGGCUUUGGAAGUCCACGAGCCAGGGUUUGGUGAGUGGCGUCUGGGGAUGCGGCGGCUAAGUAGCGGGUUCCUACGUGGAAACCCCUCCAAGGAGGGGGCCCCUUCGACUUCAGACGUCGUGACGAUCUUUGCCUUGCAGCGGUCCUGUAAGUCUGUCCUUACAGAGGCCUCCUCGAGGUGUCUGCUUCAGCUUUCUUCCCCUCCGUGUGCACUACGGAGACACAAUAUCCAUUCCGGGGGAUUCCUCUCUAAGCUUCUAUACAAAGCGAAGGGAGGCGAAACAGACCCGUCUUCUGAAGCUGUCGCUGUGCCCGGCUCUGAGUUUCUACAAGGAAGCCAGACAGACAAGGCUGAAAUCGAGGCGGGCACAUCAACAGCAGCAACAACAACAGCAGCAGCGCCACCAACAACAACCACAGCACCAACAGCAAAAACAACAACAAAAACAACAAUAACAGCAGUAGAAGAAGCAGACCAGCUUCCGAUUCCCGAGCAAAGUAUCCGCAAACCGGACGGAGACUGCGUGUGGUGCAACACCGCCAUCUUACCUUUUACAUCAUCUUCAUUCUUUCGUCCCAAUCUGUUGCAGGUUUCCACUACAGUCGGGGCCCCCUCUCUGAUACAGCCUGGCCCUUCCUCCUCUUCUCCAACGAGGCCAACUGCAGCAGAAGCCCGCCGACUAGGUGCUGCUGCGCAGGAGACACCCCUAAGGGAGUCUAAAGACGAUGCCGCUACUCCCCAAUGGCGACCUGUUGGGCCACCGUCCUUCACCGCCCUCUCUCUAACCCCCCACACAGCCUCCGGAGGGCGUCACCUCUCUGUCAACGUUGAUAUGUCUCCUUUUGUCUUCUCCAAGAACAGGCGUUGCGCCCCUCUCCUGAGCGCGAUGCACCCACAAGCACACGACGACGGACAGGCCAAGGAAGAGGAGCAAUACAAGCAGCUACUGCUGUUUCGAAGCAGGCCCCUGUACUUUUACUCUCUCGCUCUUGUCGUAACCAGGGACGCAGUCACUCCUCAACCCAAGCUCUGGUGGGUGGGGCUAAAGAGAGGGCUGGCUGCUGCUGCCACAAACAAGGCCAACCAAAGGACCCCGAAAAGACACGCCCUUUUGCGACUCCCUAUAUUCUGCGAGGCGGAGACAGAAGACGAUGACGACCAGUUAUUUGGGGGACUUUCAGGGGGCCCUCUGUUCCAGAAGACGGCGGGAAAAACAAGGGCAGCCUCUCUAGGCGGCCACCCGUGGAGAGUUGAGGCCCAGCUGCUGCCUCCCGACUUCAAUUUCCUGCCGACAACCUACCUGCUGCAGUGGCAGCUGCUGGAGACAGAGGAGACGCCGGAUGCUGCCUUAUUCUCUGCAGAAGCAGAGACACCAACGACAUACAUGGAGGAAAUUGUACCGGACGUAUCUGACGCUGACCUCAGGCUACACCUGCGUGCCUCGUCAGACGUGACCCGUCUCUGCAGUGAGCCUUGUCCUGAGUUUGGUUCCUGUGCGAUCACGGACCGCGUUGAUGGGUUUGCUGUGUUGGGUUGUCGCUGUGCAUACGGCUUCGGUGGGGCGACAUGCGGGGCUGAGGUCAUGAGCCCUUGGCUGCGAACGCUUGCGCAAGCUCUGCUUGUCUUGUCUAAUUUGGCCAUGCUGCCCAGUGCGCUUCUCUGCCUAAGACUCGCCGUCCGACACCUUAACCUGCCUGGGAACCCCAACGCAUGCGCUCGCUGCAAAGCCAAACGCCUGCACGACAUGGACAUGCACGCGAAUGCAGACGGCCCCAGCCACGCACACUGUCUCCUCUACGCACUCAGGGCUGCAGCCUAUCUUAACGCAUUCCUGUGGUCGUCUCUUUACCACUCUUGCGUUGAUGGGUUGGCCCGGCUUCCUCUGGGGGUGCCGUUGCUGCAGCGAUUGGAUUAUCUGUCUUCUUACUUCGCGUUGGUUGUAACUGCAGUCGCGUUUUCUGCUGUGGGUUCUGCUGCAGUGGAGUUAGUGGGACUGAGUGUGCUGCUGAUGCUACUGACUUGCAGAGUCUUGCCAGAGACAUUUGAGCCCCUCGACGUCGCCUGCUUUGUCUGCGUGUGCGUGGCGCUGCCUCUAGUCAGCCUCGCAUUGAAGGCGAGUCUGCUGUGGAAUAGACAGAAAGCUGUGCAGACACUGCAGCUGCAGCUGCAAGAGGACUUGCAGCACUGGCAACCACAAGACCUAAAGUGGCUCGACAGCCCAUCGGGUGGGGGGCCCAAAGAAAAGGAGAUAGUCCCUAGUGCCUCGGAAGAACUCCAUGCAGAGCAGCAGCAGCAGCACUGCGAGCUACAGCAGCUGCUUACACACAAAAUGACAGAGGCCAGAGAGAAAAUAUGUCUCCAAUCUUUGGGGCAAGCAGUGGCACUUCUUGAGGUGGCUGGGAGGUGCCGCAUCGAGCUGUGCUGCAGCUGCUGCUGCUGCAGUACUUGCAGCAGCAAGCGUCCAUACAACUACACGCAGGCUGCCCUCUGUUGCUUAAAAUCAGCCAGCACCGCUUUUCUGCAGCAUCCUGGUUCCUCCGAAUCCGACAUCCAGAGAACCAACUCUAACCUCAAGACAGUAGACAAAAACCCCGCAAGCUGGCUUACCUGUCUCGCCCUCGUCCUUACAGACACGGCCCCCAGGCUCGAGUUCCUUGCCCUCGGAAUACUCUUGGCUACACUUGGUGCUGGAUGCUUCAGCGUGGGCGAGCUCAGUGCACAUUACUGGUUGCUGCACUCGUGUUGGCACGUAUCAAUUCAACUGUCAACGUGCUGCAUUCUUCUGUCUCUGCUGAGCCACCCGCUGCUCGCCCAUCUGCGCGACCCCCCAACCCCCUCCUCAGCCUUCGAGUGCAGCACUCCAGCUCGUUCUCUGAGUGAAGCUGUGGUCUCAGGAGACCACCACCUGCAUGGUGGAUCGGUUCAAACAGCAGACACCAGCAAUGCACACAGCCCGCUAGCAGAGGGCUUCUGGAGGGUCCUCAACCACAGCCAGAUGCACCUCCUGGCCCUGCAAGCUCAGGCACACACACCCUACCCUCACCCCAUACAGACGCCAAGGCAGACAGGGCCAGAACAAGGUACAGAAACAGCAUCUAUGCAGCAGCUGCACCGAGAAGGAGACACCAGAGAAGUCUCCCUCUACCCUCAAGCAGGAUUGGAGUCCCUCCUGGGGGUUUUGGCUCCCCACGCCAACGCCCAGCAGCUCCUACAGACCUUCACACGGCUGCUGGUCCUGCAAUACAGCGCGCACAAGAGACACUGCAGGGAAGAGAGCAACAACACGAAAGGUCAAAGAGGUAUAGAGGAGCACACACAGCCCUCCCCCACCUACGGCGACGAGGAUAUCCGAGUGGACAGAGUCUGGCUGCCUCUGGUGCAUAGCACGAAGGGUAUUGACAGAGGAGAACCUCCUGAAACUGUACUACGAACGGGUCAAGUGGACCUGCCGCUUGCGGCUCAGGCCCACUUUCAGCUGCCUGCUGUUCCCCCGUUGGGUGUGGCAACCUACGGAGACAGACAGGAGAAACAAUCAGAGACACUUGCCUAUCCCCCACACAGACGUCCUCUUGUACUCCUAAGAAGCAGGCAGCUCCGGGUGCUGUAUCCCUGA